CAAGAACAGGACUACGAGGACAUGGCAUAGUACGCGACGUGACGUGACAUGAAGCGUCGCGGGUCAUACGCUCGGGGGCGGGAUCGUGGGCAUUGGGAAAUUGAACACGAAUGUUAUCCGAAUUGGGUAAAUCUCGCCAGAAGAACUGUCGAUGCGUGUCAUCGUCGCGCGAAUGACGUCGACUGUGGCUGGGAUCUGCGCUACCUGGGGUGGGCCCUCAGGGUAUAAAAGGACGCGACGAUUCGACAACCCAUAUCUCCCAACUCUUCCCUCUACUCCCAUCAUCUCUACUGCUUUUCAGCAACACCACGCUCGCUACCGUCCAACUCGAUACCAUCACUAUGCUCUUCAACGUCGUCAACGCUGCUGCCGUCGCUGCGCUCGCCCUCACGAUGUCCGUACACGCGGCGCCAUCAUCUCUCGUGAACAGAGGAAGCGGUGCAGCCGACAUCGUCAACAACCUCAACCUCAACGCCUUCGGUGACUCCGGGGCUCUUAGCAGCGGUCCCGGUAAAGUUGUUGCUGAUUUGUUAGGCGGCAUUACUAGCGGUCCUGUCAGCAGUCUCGCCAACGACGUCAACGACAAUGGCGCCAGCGCUGUUACCACCGUCCUCAUCACUCAUAUCGCCACCCUCCUCAAUGAACUCCACCUUUUCGUCAACCAUGCCGACAACACUCCCACCAGACUUGGCGUCGAUACCAUCUUCCGCGCUCUCAUCGCUGCUCUCGAGGCCAUUCUGAACGGCACUCCCCACAACUUGGACGCCCUUUCCAAAGUUGACAGUCUUCUCGACCUUUUUGACCUCUUUGGCACCCUUGACGACAACGAAGCUUUCGUCCCGCUUGCCCUCCCAGUCAUCCGGAACCUUAUCGCCGCUUUAUUCGAGUCCUUCGCUAGGGAACCUCGCGUCGCCAACGCUCCUGCCACCAACAACGCUCCUGCCACCAGCAACGCUCCUGCCACUAGCAAUGACUCUCCCGCCAGCUCCGCCCCUCCCGCCAAUAACGACAACUCCGCCAGCUCCUGCACUCCCGCCAGCACCGUAAACAACGGGAACAACGAGUCGCCCUCGUCUUUCGGAAUCAGUGUCAACGAUAAUGCUCAUGCUUCUGGAUCCGGAGCUUGAAGAGUUAAUGAAGUUUAGGAUGUGGCAGUUGAUUAGUCCUUGGCGUGUUCGUUAGGGUUUAUUCUGCGAGCUUUUUGAUGUAUAUUAAGU